GGAAGUUGGUCACGGCCCGAAGGCGGGGCGGUUCCCAUGGUAACUGCGGGCCGGCCGCCAUGUCCUUCAAGCGGGAGGGGGACGACCCCGCUCAGCUGGGGGUGCUGCAGAAAAGACGCGUCGCAGACCUGUUGGCCAACUACAUCCCCGAGGAUGAGGCACUGCUGCUGAGGAGCGGGAGGUACGCCUGCACAGUGUGUGCCCACCGCCCCGUCUUCGACACGCUGGACGUGCUGACGGUCCACAGGGCUGGCAAGAAGCACACGGGCAGCCUGCAGCGGUUCUACGGCAAGAAGUGCUCGCUCCAGGACGUGGUCCAGAAGCAGCAGCACGAGGAGGAGGUGCGGGCAGAGGAGGCAGGCACGCAGGGCUCCCCGGCCCCUCUUCUGGCACAGACGCGGAGGAUUGCCCGGAGCGCUCUGCUGAAAGCAGCUCCCUACAGCAGCUGCUGCCGGAGGACGGGGGUGGAGGGAAGCGGCUCGCGAGCUGGCGUCACCCAAACGGGGCUGAGCGCUGCCCCGACGCUGCCGGAGCCGUCGCGGGAGGACGGAGGAGCCGUGGACGCCAGCCCCACAGCCCUGCUGCCGGGGCACCGCGGCGGGCGAGCGGACGCACCGAAGGCGGCUCCGGCCCGGACGCAGCGAGGUGGCAAAGGAAAAAACUCAUCGUCGGCGCUGAGCCGGCCCGAAGCGCUCAGCCCCGAGAGGCGCCAGGCCCUGGAGCGAUACCUGCAGCUGCGGAGCGCCGGCUGGAUCCAGGACCGCUCCGGCAAGUGGGUGAAGGAUGAAAAUGCCGAAUUCGAUUCUGACGAGGAUGAGCCGCCUGUGCUGCUGCCGGCCUGAGGCCCCCCUCUGCCCCACCGCUCCCCCCUGGGGACGGGGACGCUCCCCCCGGCUGUCCCCGAGCCCCGCCGUUAAUAGAGGCAGCUGGAGAGGA